GCCCUGCACAGCCCCCUAACCUGGAUCUGACCCCCGACACCACCCCACGCCUAGGUCCGGCCGGCAGGUCACCCCCGCGCCUGGUUCAGGCCGCCGCGCUGCACCUGCGCCUGGUUCCGGCCGCCACGCUGCAUCCCCUGACCACCUCCGCCCCGCCCCCAACCUUCCCUGCGGCGUGACAUUUCCUCUGCUCUGGCACGAGCUUCCCUCUAGUCCGUCACAGCCUUCCCUCAACUCCGGUGUGGCCUGCCCUCUACUCCAGCGUGCCCUCCUGCUCCUCCUCCACAACCCCAUCCUCACCCUCCCUGCCCCGAACAACUUCCUCCUGCCUAUUUAGUAGUGUUGUUACAAUAACCAGCAGCCACUAGUCAGAUCGACCCUCCAAUAACCAACAUAUGCCUCGGCGCGUUCCUCGGCAUGCUCUUUGGGUCCAUGGAGAUUGGCCUCGGAGUCGCGCUUGCCAUAUCCUUUGCAAAGAUCAUCAUCCAGUCACUCUUGGCUCAGGUGGAGGGUCUGGGUUGGCUACAAGGAACAAACAUAUUCUGCAGCGUCAGGCAGUACCCCGUGGCAUGCUGGACACAGGCCGUGCAAGUCAUACGCAUCGAUACAUCCUUUCUCUACUUCAUCAAUGCGACUUUCAUCAAAGAGAGGAUCAUGGAGUGGGUAAGGGCAGAAGUGGAUACAUCCAAUCAGAAGGUCAGGGAAAGGGUGCACUCAGUUUUCCUUGACAUGUCAAAUGUGGUGAACAUUGACACUUCAGAACUGGUGGGAUUGGAAGAAAUUCACAAGGAGCUGGCGUCCCUUGGCAUACAGAUGAAAUGGCUAUUGCCAGUCCAGGAUGGCAGGCAAUUCAGAAGAUGAAGUUGGCACAUGUUGUUGACAGGAUAGGAGAAGAUUGGAUUUUCCUACAGUAGGUGAAGCAGUGGAAGGAUGCCUAAUUGCACACAAGGGCAGUGCUAUGGAGUGUUGAGUGUAUGUUAGUAGAAAUAACACCAUUUGUUGUCGAUUUGUAUCUAGUGAGCAUGGUUUACAUAGCUCCGCAAAUGCUGACAAAUAGUAACAGACGCAACAAUGACAAAACAUGUACGUGUUCUGUAGAAAUAAAGCACAUUAACUAGAGUGGUAUAUGGUCGUGUUUUUGUGACUAUACUCCCUUAAAAUCUAUAUCUAUUUAUUUGUUCCUA